AUGAUUAGUGUAUUCAAACAAACAAGAGAUUUACAUUAUAAUAAUGAUUCAUCAAUUUUACAAUAUGAUGGAUCACAACAACAAACUCCAAUAAAACCAUUUAAUUAUACAAUAGAAGGAUUAACAAGAGAUGUUUACCCCAAGCCAUUACAUUCUCAUAAUGAUUAUUGGAGACAUAAUCCAUUAUUUGAUGCUUUAAGUAUAGGAGCAGUUUCAAUAGAAAGUGAUAUUUGGCAUUUUCCCUCAAAUUAUUCAUUAAAACGUACUACCACGGAAACAAGUGGAAUAACAACAACACCAAAUGAAACUUUAUAUUUUAAUUCUAAUGAAGUUUAUGUUGGUCAUAAUCAAGUAUUUUUACAUCCAAUAAAUACUUUAUUUAAUUUAUAUUUAAAUCCAAUAUAUCAAUUCUUGGAAUAUUCAAAUCCAAAAUUUACAAAUGAUAAUGAUGGAAGUAAUGCUUUAUUAGGAGAUCAAUCUAAACAUAGUAUAUUUUAUAAUGAUCCUGAACAACAAUUAUACUUGUGGUUUGAUAUAAAAACUAAUCCAAAUGAUACUUAUGAUGCUUUAAAACCAUUGUUGCAACCAUUUAUUGAUUCAAAUUAUUUAACUUAUUAUAGUUCAACAGAAGAUAAAAUAUAUCAAGGACCGCUUGUUUUAACAAUUACAGGAAAUUUACCAAUUGAAAAAGUAAGUGCAGAACCUGUUAGGUAUACAUUUUUAGAUGGUCCAUUAUCUUUUUUCAAUUCUUCUGCAAAUAAUGAUACUUUACAAAAAUGGUCUAAAUUAUCACAAGUUGCUUCAGGUUCAAUACAGGGUCUUUUAGGUAAUGAUUAUAAUUCAACUUUAAGAAAUAAUUUUACUCAAGAACAAAAAUCAAAAUUAAAAUCUUAUUUUGAUAUUGCACAUAAAUAUAAUUUAAAAACAAGAAUUUGGGGUGAUAUAACAUGGCCAUGGAAUUUAGUUGAUUCUCAUUUAUUAGAUUUAUAUCAAGCUGGUACUGAUUUAUUAAAUGUUGAUGAUUUAAAAAGAGCUGAAGCUUUAUUUUCUUGGACAUUAACUAGAAAUUAA